UGACAAGGCCGUCAGUUACUGUUCGUGCACGAAUGCGACCAAAUACCCGGGUAUCUUGGCGGGUUUUCGCUCGGAGCUGCGCUCACGAGACCAGCUCGGGAACGAGAAAACGGAGGUGACGUUUCUGCCAGGAGAAGGAAACAGUGAACGUUCGAUAUCGAGAGCAACGUCCGACAAGGAUCAAGCAGGAAGGACUAAGCGUACGUGACACUAGACAAGUGGAAACCUGUCGAACACCUGGGGCUGCACUUUAGUCCACCUUUGGCCGCGCACAUAGGCAGACGAUUGUCAGCUGAAUGAGGCUCAUGGAACCCUUGGGUGUUGCCCCAGACGUGGUGGAGACGGGCGCAUUGAAAAAAUGGUCCGAAUUCCCUGUCCAUCAUCGAUUCACAGACUACUCCAAUUCUAUUGGAGAGCCCACGCAUCAUACUAUAAGUCCUUUUCCAUGUCAGCCAGCGAUUAACAAUAAACUUGCGCUAUGGACUGGAGAUGUUUCCGUUCUACAAGUGGAUGCAGUGGUAAAUUCCACCAAUGAAACAAUGGAUGAUAAUAGCCCUAUGUGCCAAAGAAUAUUUGCUCGUGCUGGUUCACCCCUUAAGAUGGAAAUAUUUAAUGAAGUUAAAGAAUGUAAGACUGGUGAAAUAAGAGUAACACAAGGUCAUGGAUUGCCUGCACGUUUUAUUAUCCAUACUGUUGGGCCUGUUUAUAACGUGAAGUACCAAACAGCGGCUCAGAAUACAUUACACUGCUGCUAUAGAAAUGUUUUGCAAAAGGCAAGAGAGCUCGGAUUACGUACGAUUGCGUUACCCGUAAUUAAUUCAGUACGAAGAAAUUAUCCUCCUGAUGCUGGAGCGCAUAUAGCUCUUAGAACAAUAAGAAGAUUCUUAGAGCAAUAUGGUGAUUCAAUAACAUGCAUUGUAUUUGUUCUGGAACCAAGUGAUCUUGGAAUCUAUGAAGUUCUUCUUCCACUGUAUUUUCCAAGAAACUUAGCAGAACAGGACAAUGCUUGUUGGCAAUUACCGAACGACAUAGGUGGUAUGGAUGGAGAACCUUUACUUCCUGAUCGACAGAUCAGAAUCAUUGACAAUCCACAACAUGCUUUACAUGGUGAUGAAAGUGUAGAACUGUCAGCACAGUUGGAGACAUCCGUAAACAUUGGCGAACAUGCAUUUGCACAGAUGCAGGGUGACUUGGAUCGGCAAAGACUUCUCGGUGAGAGACCACCUGCUGAUCCAUUAGCGGAUAUAAUGCUGAAACAGAUGCAGCAGAAAGAAAGAUACGAGAGGUUGCUCAGAAGAGCGAAGACAGAGGACCUCUCGGAAGUUUCGGGAAUCGGUUGUUUGUACCAGAGCGGGGUCGAUCGCCAGGGACGACCGGUGGUCGUGUUCGUCGGCAAAUGGUUCCCGGCCACUAAAAUCAAUCUCGACAAGGCGUUGCUGUAUCUGAUACAAUUGCUAGAUCCAAUUGUAAAAGGCGACUAUGUUAUCGCUUAUUUCCACACGCUAACAACGAGCAACAACUACCCUAGCCUGCAUUGGUUACGUGAAGUGUACAACGUGCUUCCUUACAAGUAUAAGAAGAACCUUAAACACUUCUACAUCAUUCAUCCAACCUUUUGGACCAAGAUGAUGACAUGGUGGUUCACGACGUUCAUGGCUCCAGCCAUCAAACAAAAAGUCCACAGCUUACCUGGAGUGGAGUAUCUUUAUGAAGUUAUGUCGCCAGAGCAGCUAGAAAUCCCAGCGUAUAUUACAGAAUAUGACAUGACGAUAAAUGGAAUGAGGUAUUAUCAACCAGACCCCGUCUCUUCAUCGCCGUCGACGUCCACGUAACUCACAGAGGCGGAUUCCCAUCCUGCGAAGCACUGGUUAGAAGAAAUUCGGAUCGACUGUUCCGGAUAGUACGGUUUCGUGCGUGUUUCCUCGACGACCAUCCUGAAUGCCCGCUUCCGCAGAAAGAGCGUGUGUAAUACACGCGAAAAUAAUAACCGUCGACAAGGAUCUUGUCGAUCAGACGGCUCCUCCAAAGCACCGGGACGUCUGCGUCGCUUCGAAGAAGUGCCUCGCGAAAUGAAAUGAAACGACGGUGCUUCGCGCGUUUAUUCGCCAAUCGAUCGUUGAAGAAUCAAGUAAACCACUGCCCUUCGUCAUCACGUGUUUAUUGCUGGAAAAUACAAGAUAGCUUCUCCGAUUGGCUACAGAUGGGAGGAUAUUGGACAAUCUUAGACAGCCACCGAGGAGAGAUGGAUCAUAGGUGGUUCGAGGAUACCAGAAAUUGUUAUUCGCUCGAGGUGCGAGUGUCGGCUGCCAAAAACACCAAUAAUCAGUAUUCUCGUCGUCGUUGUUAUGAUAGAGAGGAUAUUUACCCUUGAAUGUUAAACAGUUCAAUUGGUUUCGAGACAGGGUCAUGUUAACGAGUUAGAGAGAGUCGACGACUAAUUGUAGAGUUUAAAAUCAGACGGCUUAAUACGAACUGUCGAUCGCUUUUCUGUUAUUUUCUUAUCCGUCGUUGUACAGCGAAAGAGCGUAUAUUCGAUUUAACGUGUGUAAAUUGUAUCGAUAUUUUAUUAUGUAACGUCGUUCACGAAUGACAUCUCGAUACACGAACACACAGAGCUGAAAGCUGAAUCUCAUCGGCGGAAAGAGUUUGCUCUAUGAUGUUGUGAGUUGUCAGACUUAUAAUUAGCCUGUGUGUCGUUACAUUCGUUAAGAUUAUAUGAAACUGAUGUGUAAAGGCAGAAAUUUACCUCCGUCGUCGAUGACGAAUACAUUUUAUAGGUUAACGUCAUUGAAGAUUCACUCUGUUUCGUAUGGACACCAUCAGAAUUCUGACCAUACAGCCAAUAAUACAUAUGUGAACAUUAAUAUCAGCUUAACUUUUGUUUCUAUCUAUUGAAUUAUGUAAUAACAAAGUGUAUACACAUUUUAUUGGUACACUCUGUAUUGUCAAUAUAAUAUUGUCAGUAUUUCUGUAUUGAAAGACUGACAAUAUAUAUUGUCUAAUGUAUAUAUACUAAAGUAUGUAUUACUGAUUCAUGUCUUCUGUUUUCAGUAGUCUCAGUUAGAAAGAUGAGCUAAUCAUUAACGCAGUUAGAAUCUUGUUUGUCUUUUAUUAACAGUUUAGUACCAACAAUCCACCGCCAGAUGGCUACAGCGUUUCUGGAUACGUGAAACGCAAUUUUUUUAAUUUUAGAUUUUAACGCUUCAAACAAUCUGUAAUCCGUUAAUCGAGUUACAUUGUGACCGUCUAACGUUCUGUUCGUGCCAAUGAAGCGCAAGUCUCUUGUUUUCAUGUAAAAAGAGGCAAUUUCCUGUUUCAAUAAUUUCCAUAGCUUACAGGAUACAUUAAAAAUAACAGCAUAGUAGAAUGGAUCGUGAAGUGUUUACAUUUAAUAAUAAGCUAUGGAAAGUCUUGUUGCAAAUAAAAUGAACUCGCGGUUGUGUAUCAAGAUUAGACGGUUUGAUACACAAUCGACAGAGACGAUCAUAGCAAAGGGAUUUGAAAGAUCAAACUGUGGAUAAAAGUUUAGAUUGAAAGAAACUGAUACAAAUGAUUCGUCAUCGACACGUAUUAAUCCCUGAAACGUUCACAGCUGAAUGCCGAGCUCGUACUCGCGGUUCAAUUCUAGAUUAGAUGAAGCAAUAAACUUAAGAGCUUUCUCGCGAAUCGUAUACCUAUCUGUAUACGCAAAUUUCGUGGGACAGAAUCGUUAUACUCGUUGUUAAGCAUUUUUAGGCGAUCGAAAUGGCGAAAAUCGACGUGAUCGACAUCGAUCAACCCCGUUUCUCUCGUAAAAGCUUCUACAUCGGAAACGUGGUUGAUCGAUCGCGGCUCAGUCGAAGGAAACUAAUGUGUGUAUCCACGUAAAAGAAUUUUCCAUAUGUUUACCUCUGUAUAGUUCGAGUACGCUUGAUCAUUGAGAUACUUUUUCUAUUAAUUUUUAUUGCGUUGGUGAUGUUUCGUUAGUAUAGCGUUAGAAUCGCAUUUCAUUCAAUAAAUUCAUCCCGAAAUCAUUGAUGAUCAUUGAGAGAUGUUCGUUUUACGAGGAUGAUUAUUUUUCACGUUGUCGUUGCUCGAAUAGUUUACGUUUCGAUGAGAGUGUCUCUUCCUCGAUUUUUCUGUCUAUUAUAACGCGAGCGACUCGAGAUCGUUUGUAAUCGAGUCACACGUCUGUGUCAGUUCGUGGAACUUUUCUGCGUUUUAUUAUACGUUUAACGACCUCACUGUCCGUCCCUGAAUCGUUUCUAGUUGAUAUAAAGAGAGUCGCGCGAAAUUUCGUUCGGCGUCGCCAUUUUUCAAAUGUAUCUGCAUUCUGAUAUCUAGAAAUUAAUUGACAAGAAUUAUAUUAAGAGAAAGUAAUGUAACUGAUGUUAUUCGAAUUGGUUAAUUUGAGGUUAUAGUUUGCUAUCUUAUGUAACAAUAACGUUAUUAUAUAUUUGAAUAGGUUAUGUAAUUUUAAGUCAGUUAAAUAGCAAAUUAAAAUUAUAAGAUAG